AUGCCUAGAAAAAACCACAGUAUCGAUGGAGGGAAACUGAUCCUCAGCAACUUUGAGGAAUACAUCGAAGAAAUUACUUCUCUUCUGGCGCCAAUGGGAUUGCGAAUGGUUUACAGAGCGACGUUCGAUCCACUUCACUUUGUUGGCAAGACGAUUCAAGAUUUAAAACAAAACUGCGAACCAUCUUACCAUAGUCGUCUCGAAAAGUUGAUCAAAUUUGAUUCAAAAACUGGAAUGAUUGAUGCCGACAACCCAAUACUUACUACCAUUGGAUAUGUCGGUUCUACAAAGGACCCAUACAAAAGAUUUAAUGCUCACGCCAGACGUACUAGCCAAUGUUACCUCAUCAAUGCGUGCAUCCGAACCUUUCGUUUUUUCACUGUCACAAUCAUUGACAUUGGACCAGAUUCAAAAGAAGGCUAUGCGUUGGAAAAGUCUUAUUUCACAAAACCAAGUCUCAACAUUGCCGAUAUCAAUGAAGACGAUUUCGUCAAGAUCAAGAAGAUAUUUUCUUUUCACCGUCCUCCUUGCAAACAAGAAUAUCUUCAAUUCAAAUUGUUCAACCAGUACAUCCGAACCUUUUCAACGAAUCAUUUCACCGACCAUUUCAAUUAUAUGUACUCGUACCUCAUGGAAUCGUUUUACACUGGUCAAUCCGUCGUCUUCAAGCUCCAUUUUGGUGCCACUUCCGACAUAGUCAUCGCUCAUCCACAAUUGUUCAUCGAAGAAUAUGGGUUGACAGACAUUGCAAUGGAUCCUAUCAAAUUCAACAUCCAGCCUAUCUUGGAGACGUGUAUCUAUUUGAACCAAGUACUGGGAAGGGAUUGCCAAAAAGCCAGCUUUAUCGGGCCCGAUGGAUUACCAUACGCGAUGAGUUGUCCAUUAGCUUCCCACGGAAUGGAGGAAGACCCAAUACUUGCCAGUCUCGACGUAUCACUUAGACGUUCCAUCACCUCUAACCAUUUGGUCUACUUGCGUGGGGUCCAUUUAACAUAUGGUCCAUCCAGUGCCAUAGAAUGCAUGUACCACCAACUGAGCUUUGCCCCCCUCUCUAGGGAUCAAAUUAUCACUCUACUGCAAUCCAUCAGCCAACAACAACAAGUCCACAACUCGGCCAUCGAAGGCCUCGAGAUGUUACCUAUCCAAUUCAUGGGCACUACCAUUUGGAUCGACGUCUCAGCAUUGGCUAUUGACAGAGAUUUUGUCCCCAUCAUGAAAAUGGAUAAAAACUGUUGCCACAAAUUCUUUGUCAAGGAAAAAAAGAAUCUCGUCCACAGUGUAUAUUAUACCGAUGAAGAACAAAUACAUCUUUGUGAAAAGAAAGAUGAUUGCCCAUUACAUCGUUUUCCAAAUACAAUGACCAAAGCUCAAAUAGCUCACUCUCUUCUCAUACACUAUUAUCAUCUUUAUCAAAUUGACCCCAACAAGGAAUCGGUUAAAGAUAAAGUCUGGAAAAAGUUUGUUACACCGUACGAGGAGUGUAUCAAAGCAUUUGGAAAGGAGCAUUAUUAUGGCAUCUACAUUUUCAAAGAUUGUAUCAGCAACAAGAAAGGCGAGAUCCCUGCAAUCACCAAAACAGUCAAUGACGAUGGAUUUUAUCUCAACUUGAAUACCAACAUUCCACUAAAAUACCACACAACUUUUAGCGAUAAAGUAUGGAUACAACAACAAUCAAUGACUUCCACUGAAAGAGCAAAUGAAUUAAUGUUAAUUCACAUGAAAGUUUUGGUGUCAAUCUUGAAUCAAAUCAUUCUCAAGUUUAGGGGUCCAACAAUUCCCAAACCAAGUGAUUUUGGUGACAUCCCACAUUUCAAACAUUUUGAAAACUUUAUCAAGAAGCUCAUUUCAUUGGCCAAGCUCAGCGAAGAAGAUAUCAUCAAGAUAUGUACGAUGCCAAAAGGUUGGGGUAACAUUGUUCACUGUGGUCUUACCAGUGGUAGUGUUCCAAAGGACCAUCCAAUCAUUAAUACACAAGUUAACCUUGAACUCGAUGGAAAUGAACUAUCUACUCCAUCAAAGGAAAAGUUAAAGGAGUUCCACAAUGCAUUCCAUCGUGUGGAAGCUUGUUUUCCCUCGACCACCACCGUAUCAUUCACAAGUACUCCAUUGCACAAGUUUGCCUUGUCAAAUAAUGAUGAACUAUUACCAAACCUUCAUCGUGGUAGGAGUGGUGUCGAAACCACUGAUACUUAUCAAGAGGUUUGGGAUAACCUUGAGAAUAGCCUGAAUCUAUUCUACAGUCAUAUGGGAGAUCCUAUGAAAAAGCAAUCCAUAUUCGAGUUGGACAACAAUCCCAAUCACAACCAUAAUAUGGAACAGGAUGACCACUCUUCAUCCACUUCUACUACUACUACUACAACUACUACUACGACCAGUACAAUUCAAUACCAAGAUGACUCUGAUGAUGAUGAUUUAAAUGGUGUUGAUUCAAAUGAACACUGGAUCCAAAGAAAGAAACAAAGAUUUGACCAACCUUUCCACAAGGAACAAGAAGAGGAUUAA